AUGACAACCCCUUCAUCGACAUCUACAUCGACAUCUGCAUCCACACUCGCACCACUCCUCCCGCUAAAUUUAUAUCAUCUCUCGCCUACUAUUCAAAAAUGGUGCGCUUUAAGGUGUGCGGAUAUCGCUACUUUGAAGGCUCGGGGUGUUUAUUAUGAAAAUAAACCAAUUCAUCAUUACCUCAACCAUCCAAUUCGCUACAUAAAACUUAUCGGUCUCGUCGCCUCUAUUGAUGAUUUUCUCCGUUGCCGCGUCUACACUAUCGAUGAUUCAAGCGGAGUAUGUAUAGAGUGCGUGGCACUCUUACCUCCACCACCUCCACCAUCCAAACCCUCUUCAUCCACAACCACAACCACAAUCUCAACCUCCACCGCCAAUCCUCCCACCACCCAAAUACAAGCUCCGAGCGAACCCUCAGUCAACCAGCCUCAAAUUCCCUGGGACACCAUCUCCGAAUGUAAAAUCGUACGAAUUCUGGGAGUGAUGGGAACAUAUAUGACGAUGCCGCGGCUGCAAAUUGUGAAGAUGGGAGUAGUAGAAAGUACAGAUGUGGAAAGGAAAUGGUGGGAUGAAUGUGCGAGGUUGAAGGAUCCUUCCAUGGGGAUCUUGGGUAUGGAAUGGGUGGUGAGUGAGGAGGAGAUUGAAAGGUGGAAGAGGAGAGAGAGGAGGAGGAAGGCUCGCGAGGUUGAAAGGGAAGGACAAGGAACCAAGAGGAUUGACAAGAGAGAGGGUAGUAGGUUAAAAGAUGGAAGUGGGAGAAAAGAAAACAUCGAUAGUAUCAAGGAAGAACGGGAAAAACAACAACAAGAGAGGAAAAGAAAAGACAAUCCACACCACCUCCCAACCAUCGCCACCAAACCCGCCCACCCCCCACGCGAAACCUCCCCCAACAAAAGGAACCCCAAACCCCCUACCACAAAAAAAAGAAUCCUCCCAAUCGCCCUCUCCGACCUCUCCAAAUACGAUACUUUUGGUUUAUAG